CGGAAGCCUGCGGUUCAUUUGGAUGAACCCGAAAACAAGCAGGAGCUGCUGGAUUCCUCGAACAAGUUCUCGAGUCAUAAUCGGCGCAGGCGGAAAUUUUUAUCUUACGACCAAUCACCGAAUCAAGAUGUCGCCCUCCUCGUCAGCAACGGAGAGGCCCUUAUCGGAUCUGAUGUACCAACCAAUGUGGAGGGGAAGUUCCCCACGGAAGCAUUGACCACGUCAGUAACUUUAUCUGCAGGUGCUUUCUCCGUCGGAGCGACUAUGACUCCUAAACCAGAAGGAAUUCUGGUGCAUAGUCAACCACAAAUGCAAAAUACCACAGGGUCUUGGGAUCGAGAUUCCGACUCAGUCAAUUUUGUUUCUGUAUCCCAACAUCGCCCGGAAGGCUACGGUGGUGUGGUGGGACUGACGCUCCAUGACCAAAAUCGUAAUCCCACACCCACUCGGACACUCAGUGGGAGCAGCAACUCUUGCGCAGGUAGUACGGGCACCCCAACACGGAUUGCUCCCAACUCAACAUAUCAAACUCACAGACCACUACAUCUAAAUGCUGCUACGGGACCGAAUCCCAUGCAUUCGUAUGCAUCUCUGACCAUAGGAGGAACGCAUAUCGGUCCACACUACAUGGUUCCAAACUCUCCGCCACAACCAAUCAGUGGUACACCUCAGGUACCUCUGAAUGGAAUUUCUAUACCGCCAUAUUAUCCAAUGGGCUCUUUACCUGGUACACAGUCAGUGCACCUGCCACCUGGCAGGGUUAUGUUUGAUCGACGCCCGAUCGCCCCCUCUCAGCUUGUCUACCCAUACGCCGCACAAGCACCUUAUCCAAGUGAAAUGGCCUACGGUGGGAACACUGGUCAGAAUCCCUCUUUCGUACCGACACAUCAUCAGCCGACCGGCCCGGUUUUGAUGGGUGUCAACACGCCCAGAGUGAACGCAUCUGAUCUCAUGUCAUUUACAAGUUCCGAUGAUGUCCGACCGGUGAUGUCCUCAUCCAUUCACAACGAGAAUGAAAAUCUGGAAUUUUAUGGUUCGAAUCAGACCCGGAAUAUCUGCCACGCGCAAAAAUCCAGCUCUGUUGAUACACAGCACUAUGCAACAGUUGACCAUGAUGUUGCUUCCCGCACAAAGCGAUUUCCAGCGGUAACUUCUCCUUCGAGGACUACAGUAGUGACGGGCAACAUUCGGUCACCAAGACGUCGCCCACCGCCAUCUUCGAAGUCCGGACCUCGACCUCUGGGGUCUCCCAUUGCACAGAAGCACACCAAUAAUGCGAAGGAGGCCAGUAGACAGAUAUCGAAAUGCGUCACCAACGGCGACCAAUCCGAUCGAAACGGAGACGUUCAACAACCGACUAUGUUUGGUUUCAACGUACAGGUUACACUCAACGGUGAAUACUACGAUCCAUCUAAGGAAUCUCAACCAGUUCCACAGAGCGAACAGGAGAGAAUCGUGGGGUUGGUGUGUGGGGACUGUGGCUGGCUUGGUAGACCAUCAGUUAACUCAAGUCCUUUGAAGUUUUGGCUCGCAUUUGGUCACUUUAUUGGCCUGUGC